AUGAUUUCGUUGCUCGCCUUUUUUAUAUUAUUGUGCUCAACCACAGUAAGGAGUAAUAGUUCAGAGGGAGCAUUUAGAUUAAACGGUCCACUUUGGGAUGUGAAUGAUCUUUACUCGCGCAUAUCUAAUGUAUUUGGUACCACAAGCACCACACAACCACCACAGGUGGCACCGGAAAAACCGAUCACACCCUCUCCUUGGGACGCCUAUUACGGUGCGAUCAUGCAGGAACUUUAUAAUAAAAAGCAUGGAAUAUUUCCUGGAAGCGAGCUGAUAGCGGUAGAGCCUUUGCCCGUGCCUGUACCGGUUCCAGUCCCUCAACCAAGGCCACCUCGACCACUGCGCCCACUGCGGCCUCUCAGACCACCGAUCCCAAAUCGACCUAGACCCAGGCCAACACGAAAACCCACAAGGAGAAGCACCACAACCAAAACUCCAGAUACAACCACCCGACAAACAACAACAACACAAAAAACUUCCACGUCCACAACAACGGAAUCGCCAGAAACUACCUCGAGUACAAUCUCACCUACAACAAAUUCAACCACUGAACAAUCAUCGACAACAGGAGGCUCAUCGACAACUGGAGGCUCAUCGACAACUGGAGGCUCAUCGACCACUGGAGGCUCAUCGACCACUGGAGGCUCAUCGACCACUGGAUCUUCCACAACAGGAGGGUCUUUUACUUCGGGAGGCUCUUCAACAACCGGCUCAUCUACUACUGGAAGUGUAGUUGUAUCUUCCCGAAUCAGAGGAAAAAAAGGAAGCUUACGAGCAACAACCGCCACUCCAAUACGCUUCCAUCAUAGUCAGAUCCAGAGUAGCCCUAUUUCAACUCCGACGGUGCUCAGUCUAGAGGGAAUGCCAUCGUCUUCUGGCUUUAUGCGUCCUGAUCUUCAACUUAGAGUGCAAUCGGCGCCACAGUCUAUGACGACGUUGUGCCAUAGCUAUCCUCGCCUAUGUGCUCACCCAGAGGAAGCCCAAUAUGUACGCUUAGAAGACGGAUUCGGGAAGCCUAUGCUUUUAAUAUCGCCUGGAGGCGUGUCAUAUCCUCCUCUUUUUACGAAAGAAGAAGAACGGCCCUAUAGGUCAAAGUCAGGACCCUGGAAAUCGGUUCCACAACGACAAAAGAAACCCUCUAGAAGUAAAUAUAUUUACAAGUUAAUUAAGAAAAGGAAUAAUCAAAGACUUUAA